CUUGUGAUGGGGCCAGAGAAAGGCCACCAGAAGUCAGGUCCUCAAGAGCUGCCAAGGAAGAAGCCAAGCAAAAGAGUCCAACCUGAGUCAACAGGCUAAACCAACAUCAGCCAUCAUAGAAGGUAUAAGGCCAAAGCAAGGAAGCUCAAGAAACCAGGAGGAGCAAAGGUCAGGCCAGCGCUCCUUUGUGAAGUUGUGCAGAUAUCCAAGUCCCCUCCCUCAAAUAGUAGACUUUCGGGCAGGGCCUUUCAACACUCAGCACCUGCAGCUGAGGUUCCUCCACAACCAUGAGCCUUCCCUCGGGACCAACACUUCCCCUCCCAUCCUAAGGCAAGACCCUGACCUAAGGACUUGUAACAACCAAGCCAAAGCCCAGAGAUGGAAGCAGACGAGGUCACAGAAGAGCCUCAUACCACCAUGGAUGCAGAGGAGCACCCCUCUUCAAAGAAUCCCUCUGCUGAGGACUUACAGAAGGACCCUAUCUCUGAAACCUUCUUGGAGCCUUCCAUCUCUGAGACCCCUUUAGAGCCCCAUAUGUCUGAAUCCCCUUUGGUGCCAUCUCCUUCCCAGACCCCAUUAGAGACCCACACCUCUGAAUCUCCCUUGGUGCCAGCCCCUUCCCAGACCCCAUUAGAGACCCACACCUCUGAAUCCCCCUUGGUGCCAGCCCCUUCCCAGACCCCAUUAGAGACCCACACCUCUGAAUCCCCCUUGGUGCCAGCCCCUUCCCAGACCCCUUUAGGGACCCACACCUCUGAGUCCCCCUUGGUACCAUCCCCUUCUCAGACCCCUUUAGGGACCCACACCUCUGAAACCCAUCUGGAGCCUUCCAACUCUAAGACCUCUUUAGAAUACUCCAUCUCUGGGAUCCCUUUGGAGACCCCUACCUCUGAGGGUCCAUUGGAUAGUCACAUCUCAGUGGUCCCAGAGAAACACCUUGAUAUUCAUCUCCCAUCAGCAGGCCCUGUCCCUGUGUCUUCCUCUGAUGCAUUGAGGGAAGACCUCUCCCCUGAGGCUUCUUCCAAUAAGGUCUCAUGGCCAAGGGAGUCCACCCAGGUCUCUGAAUCUGAGAGCUCUCCAAAGGACUCCCUUCCAGGCCCUUCAACCCAGGUCUACAUGAACAUAUCUGAAAAUCAGGAGGAAGAGGCAAGAGAGGAUGAGGAGGGAGUGGAUGCCAGUGACAGCCCUACUCACACAGCACAUCCUGGACACCAGCUGGGCAAGAAGAAGGGGAAGAAAGGAGUUAGCCGUUACACAGUCCGCCCAGGGGUCCCUGCUAAGCAGGCAGAGCUGGUGGCAGUGGCUAAGGCAAUGCACAGAAAGGAGUUUAAUGCACAGAUGAAUCAUCUUUUCCAAUGGGAGAAUAAUGCUGCCCUUAAUGCUAUCCAGACAGGUCUCUACAUAGGCUGGCGCUGCCCUCAUUACCUAUGGGACUGUUUCCGGAUUGGGGAUGAGUCCAAAUGUUUUUGUGGACACUUAUUGAGAGAGCACAAAAUCAUCUCAGACAUAUCUGUGCCCUGCAAUGUGAGCCAGUGCCGCUGCCUCAUGUUCUGCUUUAUCCCGUCACGCCCAGAGGAGGUGGGUGAGUUCUGGCUCAGGAGACGGGCCACUUUUGACCCCAAGGCCUGGAGGGCCCAAUGUCGCUGCAAACACAGCCAUGAAGAACACUCGGCCACUGGGUCCCAUCCCUGCAGGCAUCAUGGUUGUUGCUGCAGAUAUUUUGAGUCUAAUUUCCUCUGUGUGGCCUGUGACCGGCGCUGGGAAGAACACGAGACUUUCUUUGAGACAGAGGAGACCCGGCGGCGAGGAGGAAGGCCUCACGGAACAGUCUAUAUGCCUUUUGCAGAGAUGCCUGUCAUUGGAGAAGCUAUCAUCCGCAACUCUGACUUCGAGGCCCUGCAGAGGCAGGGGCCCUCUGGCCUUCCCAGCCCCCACCCUAGUCCCCCUCAGCUCCCUGGCCCACGCGGCCCCCGGCCUGGCCCUACAUCUGACCCUCAUACCUGACCCUUUCACCUCUGCUCUUCCCUC